AUGACUGGCAAAAGCAGACUUGGACCUGACCCUUCGAUUUCAAUCAAUGACCUUCAAAGGAAAAUCAAUGAAGUGAUGCAAAGGCAGGGCUGUCGUGACUUGAACAAGCUCUUGCACAGCAGGCAUGCUGUGAGUUGGAAAACAAGUCCAGAUCCAGAAUGGCUUGGCACUGAUGAGUUGGUGGAUAUAUGCUCCACUCUUUUCUCUUUGCAUACAAAUGGUGUACUGCAAAGCACCAAAAUGAGAAAAGCUUUACUUGCCUUGCAAGCAGAAUCUGGUCGCAUCAACUUCACCAAACUCCAUGAUACAGAUUUUGCAGAUGGGAUGGAUGAGAAAAUUCGAAUUGCUUGCCAGCAGUAUCGAGAGUUGAAGAGAGACCCCAAAAAAUACCUCAGAUGCAUUAAGAAAGCUUCUGUGAAAGAGAAGAACAAUAUAGACAAUGUGCUGUCCUUUUUGCAAUUACAUGAGGAUGAUACAGUGCAAAUUGGAAAAGACCAAGGGCAGGAAGAACUUGGAGAAAUUGAAACAGACCAAAAGCAGGAAGAACCUAGAAAGGAUGAGGAUAGCACCUUGCCUUCACCCUCCAAAGUUUUCAAAAGGGUUCUGUCCAGAGAGGCAUCAGACCCAGCUUCGCCAAGCUUUGCAGCCAAGAGCACCAAGCAGGUGUCUGGCAGUGCUUCUUUUUUGGACAGGAAAGGCAGUGGCUCUUCCUUGGAAGGCAAAGGCAAUACAGAUUCCCUGGACAAGAAAAACAGUGGCUCUUCCUUGGAAUGCAGAAGCAAUACAGAUUCCUUGGGAAGGAAAAGCAGUGGCUCUUCCAUGGGAAGGAAGGGUUCUUCGAAAAUUGACUUCCUGGAUGAGCUGGAUUUGAGUGCUGAUGAAAAAAAGGAGCUUGCAGUUUGGAUGCAUCAGAAUAGCAAAAUGGAGAAGAAACAGAAAAGAAAAAAAGGAAACAAAUCAGGCAUGAAGAAGCCUGCUUCUUCUGUGGCUCCAAAGAAAACAGCUACAGCAAAAUCUGUGAAAAGCCAGGUUUCCAGAAAGAAGCAAGCAACUUACAAGACAAGUUUCAUGCAGAGAGCCACUUCUAGUGCCUACCAUCGAGAGAAACUGAAGGCAUUGAAAAAGGGCAAGUCUGAAGAAGCUGCUUUGGAUGCUGCUAGGAUGGCUUCUGCCAAGGUGAGAGAUGCCAUCAACAAUGGUUUGAUGAAGGAAGAAUAA